CGGCGCGAACGCGGCCGUGACGUCAGGCGGCGCGGGUCGUCAUGGAGACCGGGUCGUCUCGUUUGGGUCCGCGUCGACUGUUGGAUUCAUGCUGUGUGCGUUCGAGAGUGAGGGAGGAGGUUUUUAUUGUGUGUAGGAGGUGAAUGAGUUGUCAACACUCCAAUGUAUUCUUUAAUAUAUAAAUAAAUUACACUUGGCUUCGUGAGGAAGAGGACAUUUUGUUGGUGGAGUUCUUCCCCCUUCCCCUAAAGUCUUAACGGACCGGGGUCAUGUUCACUGACGAGGUCCAGGAGGCCGUGUCGGUUGAUUCGCGCUGGAGAAAGGUUCCCGAGUUGCGUGACGCAGUUUGUCAAACGACCGCGGUUCGGCGCGCCGAAGCCUCGGUGCAGAGUCGACGCAGCGCGAGAAACGGUACGCAGACCGAUCCGGUCGAGUGCCGAGAACUGCCGGCUUUCAAUGGGAGCGCGGAGCCUUCAAUCGAUUCCCCGCGCCUGGCCCGCUUCCUCCGGCAGGUGGAGCCCAUGGUGAGCAAGGAGUUAAUCAAGAACAUCAAGAGCCACGCCUUCGAUGGGUUUGAAGUCCACUGGAUAGACCACCCCCACACUGUUUCAUGUUUGCAUACUCUGUAUUAUCCAGAAGCGCAGAAACGAAAACUGCAUGUUACUGGUGUGUCCUGGAAUGUGACAGGCUCUGUCAUUGCUUGUGCAUAUGGCAGGUUGGAGGAUGGUGAUUGGAGCACAGAGAAGUCCUAUGUGUGUUCCUGGAAUCUAGAUCGGAGAGGGUUGAACCCAGGGCGACCAAAUACAGUGAUUGACGUUUCUAGUGCCAUCAUGUGCUUGGCAUUCCAUCCAGUAGAACCUUGUUUGAUUGCCGGUGGUCUUUACAAUGGAGAAGUUUUAGUGUGGAACAGCAGUAAAACAGAUGACCCUUUAAUUGCUCGAUCGGGAAUGUCUGAGGACACCCACCGUGAGCCAGUUUAUCAGGUGCAUUGGAUCCAAAGUUUAAGCCGCAGCAACCGAAUUAAUGUUCUGAGUGCAAGCACUGAUGGUAAAAUUCUGAUAUGGCAAAUGGAUGGGAGAGGUCGGCUGGUACUGCAGGAUGGAUUUGCCCUGAUCGUUCAGCAGAUGCCGCGUAAUCUCAAACUCCACAAGGCUCGUGAAGACAGUUUGUUUGGUGUGACCUCUCUCUCCUUUUCUCACCUGGAUAAGACCGUAUUCAUUGCUGGUGUAGAAGGUGGUUAUGUGUUGAAGUGUUCAACAGAAGUUCUGACUCGUGCAGCAUUGAGCUCUGGCACCGUUCCAUUGAAGGCCCCAGCUCAGUUCACCUUUUCUCCACACUAUGGUCCAGUCCAUGCUGUUGAUUGCUCACCAUUCCACAGGAACCUGUUCCUCACUGCUGGCACUGAUGGGCAUGUACACCUUUAUUCCAUGUUGCAGGCUGAACCAAUUCUAUCUCUUCAGUUAUGUCAGAGUUACCUCUUCAGCGUGAGCUGGUCCUUUGUUCGACCUCUAGUCUUUGCUGCAGCCACUGGAGAGGGAACAGUGUUGAUCUUUGACCUUGGGCACAGCUCUCUCUGCCCUGCAGUCUCUAUUGAGCAGACUACAGAAAGGAAACCAGUUUACUGUUUGGCAUUUAACCCCAAGCAACCUGAGCUGCUUGCAGCUGGUAAUGCAGAAGGAAGUGUGAAAAUCUGGCAGCUGAGUGCUGAACUGACGAAGGAAGGACCAAGGGAAAUUUCUCUACUUGAACAGCUUGCCACUGAAGCAGCAGAGUGACCAGUGGUUGGCUAGUGAAUUUCUGAAGUAUCGUUGGAGGAACUUUCCACUCUGUUUAGUUUUUUUAAAUAACCCAUAUUUAUAUAAUGCUUUACUAUUUCACUACUUUUUCAAGUUUAACACUAGAGGAAUGUUUAUUCCAUGAAUUGUAAAUUGAGAAAUAAAAAAAGUACUUAGUACACAAA